AUGGCUAGAGCUAAACGUAUUGUGAAAGAAUUGGAUGAUGUUAGAAAAGAUACCGAAGCUUCAAUUACUUUGGAUCUUGUUUCCGAAGAUGAUUUAAGUCAAUUAAAAGGUUCAUUUAAAGGUCCUCCAGAUACACCAUAUGCAGGUGGUAGAUUUGUUGUUGAUAUUAAAAUUCCAGUGAGUAUAAUUGAACUGAUUGCCAAAAGGAUUUUAAAAGAUGCUUGGACUCCAAUUUUAACAUUAAAAUCAUCAUUAAUUUCAUUACAAUCAUUAUUUCAAUCACCAGAACCAAAUGAUCCACAAGAUGCUGAAGUUGCUAAACAUUAUAUAUCGGAUAAAGCAGGUUUUGAAAAUACUGCAAAAUAUUGGACACAAAUUUAUGCAAAUGAUAAAGAAUCAAAAACUCCAAAUGAUGCUGAAUUAUAUGGUAUUGAUCAAACAACAGUUAAUAAUUUUGAAAAUAUGGGAUUCCCAAGAGAAAAAAUUAUUGAAGUUUUAAGAAGAUUAGGAUUGAAAAAAGUUGAAUCUGGUGAACCAAGAACUGAAAAUAAAGUUAUUGAAGAAUUACUUAAAUAA